AGCUUCUAGUGCGCCACAUCGACUCAGAUUCAGCGUUCCAGCGUCCUGUUCUACGAGUCCUUUCGCGACACACCGCAGGAUAACUAGCAGCCACUUUUGUCAGCAUUAGGUGCAUUCGAGUUGCCGCAGCCAUGAAAUUCGUCGCUCUCGUUCUCUUCGCGUUCGUCGCCACCACCACGGCUCAGAUCCGCCCGCUACCGAUCCCACUCCAGCGAAACCCGGUGUACGGUGGUCCGGAGGCGAAUGCCGUCAUCCUGAACCACGUGUACGAACCGAACCCGGACGGUUCCUACAUCUACAGCUACGAGACGAGCAACGGAAUUCGGGCGGAGCAGCGUGGCUUCCUGAAGAACCCGGGUACGCCCGGUGAGGCUCAGGUCAUGCAGGGUUCGUACUCGUACACCGGUCCGGAUGGUGUCGUCUACACGAUCAACUACAUCGCCGAUGAGAACGGGUAUCGGGCUGAGGGCGCUCACAUCCCAUCCGCUCCACGGUACAACCCCGCACGCUAUCCUGGCCAGUUCCAGUAAGGGGUCACAGUGGAAGGGAGCGGGGAAAAGGAGGGAAAGGAGGCAGGGAGGGAGGGAGGGAGCUGAUAUUUAUUGGCUAAAGAUCGCGCCUCGAAAAGAUCAUCCCACCGUUGCGCGCCAACAAAACCGAUUGCAGGCGUAAUGACGCGAACGCUCUCGUCCUCGUGCUGAAGGAUGGAGGCCUUUUGCAUGUGCUGCCGCUGGUCAGCAGCCCCCGGUGGCCAUUUGCAUCGUCGUGGGGGGGCCACCGCCAACCCUCUCCCUCCUCCUCAACCCUACGCUCUCUCUAGCGCGUGGUCCUGCAUCGCGUGAGGCGGUGUGACAACGAAGACAUUUAGCUGGCGGAAACCGCGGUUCGCACUAAUGAUGCCUAAGUCCGAGGCACUUUUGUAAAAAAAAUUACUUUAUACACCUCUAGCACAGCGCCCAGCCCUCCCCCCACCCACACCGGUUGGCGUCCCACAGCAGACCGUACACUUGGUUUGUUAUUGCCAGCACCGUGCAUUUGAAUAUUGUAUUACGUACCCGUAUGAGAAUAA